AGUGAGGAGAGGGUGAGGAGUAAGGCAGGAGGUGGGGAGGCAGCCUGAUCAUUGCUCUUCAGGCAGCACAGGGGACAGGGCUUCGGGUUUGUGCAGCCCCAGGCCAGUUUCCAGAACCCUCACCCUUGGGGAGGGUAAAGAGGCAUUGCUCCCGAUGAGGUAGGAUGCUGAGAGAGUCUUGUCCCUCAGUAUCUCUCCCCAGCCCCUUCCUUCCAGACCCAGAAUGAAGGUAGCCAACUGGGAUCCUGGGCAUGUAAGGGUUGGUACAUAGGCUCCUGCAGCUUCCCCUUCCCUCCCCUUGGGAUGGGAGGCAGGAAAAGGCAUUGGAAGUCGAAAUCUGGAUGUAACUCUGAGCCCAGCUAUGACCUUGGGCAGGUCACAUAGCAUCUCUGAGCCUGACUAAACUAGGGAUAACCCCCCACCUCAUGGGGUCACUGGAAGGCUCCUGUCCUUCCUUGAUCUGCUCUCCAGAUGAGGACGGCCUCUUCCACUGUCUCCUGAACCACCUUUCUCUAGGCUCAGGUGGGACUCAAGUGCAUGUGGCUCCAGGUGGCCGUCUCAGGAUUAGGUGCUCCGGUGGGAAGGGGGCUUCCGGCCCCAAUAUCAAUGUUUAACCGGAUAUGCAGGUCAAUAUUUACCAGAGGAGAAAGCAAUCUGAACAGGGGUUGGCUGUUCAGAGCAAAGGUCCUAGUGGGAGGGGAGGGCUCGUCUGGGCUGGCUGGAGCCUGGGGUAGAGCGUGGGGAGCACCCAAGUGAGGCCAGAGGGACAUCGUGUGCAACAGAGAGGAGCUUGAAGAGGUACGAGGUGAGGGGUGGCUUGGCCUGCUCCUCGGGCAGGAGAGAGGUAGAAGUUGCCCACCUGGCUAAGGGGGUCUGGGCUGAAUUUAUUCAAGAGGCCUGUCAUUUCCUGGCCUCUUGGGGUGAUGAGGGGCCAAGGUGGGAGUCCAGGGAGAGUCUCUCUGGGACUUGAAAAACGAGGUCUUUUCUUGCCAGAAAGAUUCAAAAGCCCAGGUUAGGGAUCUGGGCCCUGGCCAAAGGCCCUUGUGUGUGGUGGGGGUGAGCCCAGGGGUGAUAGAAGGAUUCUCCAGAAAGACUGGCCCUGAGAAUGGGGGUGGGGUAUGUGAGACCUGCUCAGAGGCUAGACCUACACUUGCCCAUCCCCUCCUGCCAGUCUGGCUUCCUGGAACCAGCCUGGGGCAAAGUGAUUUCCGUAAGUCCAAAGGUGGUUCUGGCCAGAGUCAUUCAUUGGGUUCUGCUGUAGGGUCAACAAGGUGGCUCUCUGGGCCACCCCACCUCCCCUGCUGAGACCCCAGAGUCUUAAAGGCCUGUCCACCCUUGUUAGCAAGACCAGACCAGACCAGCCAGAAAAGGUGGGCCAGAUGGAUAGCAGGUUAGAUAAGAGUUCUGGGGGAGCUCCAGUACAGAGCAGGGUUCUCAGAAGAGAGCCUUGGCUAGGCUAACAACAGCCAUGAUUGGGUGCCAGGCAUUGUACCCAGGGCUCAAAAAGAUUGUCUUAUUUUGGUCCUCGUAAUACCUGUGGGAGGAGGUAGGGACUUGUACCACCAUUUUAUAAUAUGAGGAGGAGCCCAGAGGGAUUAAGGUCGAUGUCCAAGAUUCUCCGUUAAGAGUCAGAGUCUGGAUUCAAACCCAGGUCUGAUUCACAGUGCCAGGCCUUGAAGAAUGAGGACUUUUUCUGUUUCAAUAACAUUUUCCCCCUAUGAACUAAAACAUUCUCAGUGCAUGAAAUGUGAAAAACCAGAAAACACAAAGGGAAAAAACAAUUCAGGGAAAAAACCCUCAGAGCUGAGAGGUACUGCUAAUGUGUUUUGGGGGUGUGUGCUGUACCUGGCAUUAUCCCCUCAGCAGUGACGGCUCAGGACUUGGCCAGCCAGUGAUUAUGUGGGUGGGAUUCCAUGUGGGUGUGGGGACUUGGCCUUAGGUAGCAAGUCAGAUAAUUGGUGACAGUGUGUGUGGGGAUGAGGCGGGAACUGAGGCUUCCUGUCCCGCACAGGAACAUGGCACUGCUUUGGGGGCUCCUGGUGCUCAGCUUGUCCUGCCUGCAAGUCCCCUGCUUGGUGGUGAGCCUGGGCCAUGAUCUGCGUGGGGAAGGGAGGCAGAUAGUGAGCGGGCCAACCCAGGAGAAGCUAGCCCCACUUAGCUUCCUCAUGUUGGGCAACCAGGAGUUUCGUGGCCAUACUGCCCUGAAGAAGGCCCCAGGAGACUGCAAAGAGGCCCCAACUCCGGAGCAGAACCGCAGGCUGGCCCAGGCCAUGAUGGCCUUCACCACAGACCUAUUCUCCCUGGUGGCCCAAAGAUCUACCAGCCCCAACCUCAUCCUAUCGCCUUUGAGUGUGGCCCUGGCACUCUCUCACCUGGCACUAGGUGCUCAGAACCAAACGCUGCAGAGGUUACAGCAGGUGCUGCAUGCAGACUCAGGGCCCUGCCUACCCCGCCUGCUGAGCCGCCUGUGCCAGGACCUGGGUCCUGGAACAUUCCGAUUGGCUGCCAGAAUGUACUUGCAGAAAGGAUUUCCCAUCAAAGAAGACUUCCUGAAACAAUCGGAACAGCUCUUUGGUGCAAAGCCCAUGAACCUGAUGGGAAAGAAGGGGGAUGACCUGGCAAACAUCAACCAAUGGGUGAAGGAGGCCACGGAGGGGAAGAUUGAGGAUUUCCUCUCAGAGCUGUCAGAUGACACAGUGCUGCUUCUCCUCAAUGCCAUCCACUUCCAGGGUUUCUGGAGGAGCAAGUUUGACCCAAGCCUCACCCAAAGAGAAACUUUCCACCUGGACGAGCAGUUCACGGUGCCGGUGGACAUGAUGAAAGCCCACACGUACCCUCUGCGCUGGUUCUUGCUGGAGCAGCCUGAGAUACAGGUGGCUCAUUUCCCCUUUAAGAACAAUAUGAGCUUUGUGGUCAUUGUGCCCACCUACUUUGAGUGGAAUGUGUCCCAGGUGCUGGCCAACUUGAGCUGGGACAUCCUGCACCAGCCCUUGCUGCGAGAGAGGCCGACCAAGGUCCAGCUGCCUAAGCUACAUCUGAAAUAUCAGCUGGACCUGGUGGCUACCCUCAGCCAAUUGGGUCUGCAGGAGUUGUUUCAGGCUCCGGACCUGCGUGGGAUCUCUGACCAGAGCUUGGUGGUGUCCAGCGUACAGCAUCAGUCCACUAUGGAGCUCAGUGAGGCUGGCGUGGAGGCAGCUGCGGCAACCAGCUCAGCCAUGUCCCGCAUGUCCCUCUCCUCCUUCAGUGUGAACCGCCCCUUCCUCUUCUUCAUCCUGGAGGAUACCACGAGCCUGCCCCUCUUUGUGGGCAGUGUGAGGAACCCCAACCCUGGUGCGCAGCGGGAGCGCAAGGAACAGCAGGAUUCCCCUGACAACAGGGACUCCUUCCAGAACCAGAAAGCCUUCCCCCGUGGAGACAAGCCCUUCGGCCCUGACUUGAAACUGGCACCCCCCUCAGAGGAGGAUUACCCCCAACCUAACAGCCCCAAGUGAGGGGCUGUGGGCUCCAGCAUCCUGAGUCCCUGCCUGGACCAGCCUCUCAACUCAUGUGACUCUUUCCAAACGGCUUUGUGGGAUUAGGGGCAGGGGCCUGGGUGGGCAGUCUGGGAGAAGAGAGGAGCCAUUCUCUCUGUCUCCUCUUGGGGACUUUGGGGGGUGAGAGGGCCUGGGAGGAGGGGCAGCUGCAGACCCACUUUUGUGAGGAAGGUAGGUGAGUUAUUCCUUAAGUUGGCUGGGGGUUAACUCCAUGUUUGUUUACCAGAGAGAGUGGGACAGGAGGGACUGGAUACUCUGGCUGGGGAGAGGAGAGACUGGUCCUGGGGAUGGCCCUGGAGCAGAGCACUGCCCUAGUUAAACGCUGUGGCUCAGCCUUGUACUGCUCUGCAUUUGGAGGUUGAGUAGCCUCAUAAACUGCCUUUGCCAUCGCUCUCCAAGGCCCACAAGCCUCUAGCCCACCCUCGUGCCCUGUCACCUCAAUCUCCUCGAUGGUCCUUAGAGAUGCCGACACUGCCAGGACUCCCCUUCCUUCCUCUCUCCUCUUGCCCCUCUGCCUGGGGUCUCAGGGCCUGAGGUGGGUGGCAUUAGCUCCUUAAGGCUCUUUUGUAAAGUUUUUGUAGUGAUUUUUAUGCCACCUAAAUAAAGAAUGAACAGGCUGCUUUGAUGUCACUGUUCUGGGCAUGGGUGGGAGCAGGGGUGCUGGAGGUAGACAGGGAGGAGGCCACAGAGCAGACUGCACUAAGAAAGAGGCUGGGCCCCAAGGAAUAGCAGCCCUCUCUGUGCCACGUUUGGUCUUUGGCCACUCACCAGCCCUUCUCCACCAUGCAGUCUCCUGACCUCUCCAGGCCUUUCUAGGACCACCUCCAUGUCAGCCUGGCUCUGUUCUCAGCCUAUUCUUCUC